ACGUGUAAUUCUAUUUAAUCAAUAUUUAAACAAUAUGGACGAUAUUAAAUGUGCAAUCCUUAAGGAACUUUAUGGAGAAAUAUUGGACGAUUUAGAUCCGAUCUACAUACUACCAUGUUUGUAUGAGAUACUACCCAGCAAAGUAUGUAAUAAAUUUAAACAAAUGAAAGAAAGAACAGACAGAGUUCAUUUGUUUAUGGAAAUGGCUCUCAACUGUAUGACUUUAGAAGACAUUUUUCAAGCGUUUUCGUAUCAAGGCGCAUUUGUAUUUUUGACCAAAAAAAUACUUAACAAACUUAAAGUAAAAAUUCAAAAUGAUAAAGUUUAUUAUACAAUAAGAAUAGGACUUUUCACGAGACAUCGAAAAGAAUUAGUAGAAUUUAGACACAGACUAAAAAUGUUUUCUUUAACUGGCGAUCAAAAAUCAUUCGACAAGGAAGUAAAUCAAGUAGUUUCUUUGUGGAAUAACGACAACUAUCGUAGGUCUUUACCAGUUACAGGGCGACAGAAAUUAGCGGAUAGAUACUUCUUCGUGAGGGAUGCACAAUGUGAAAACAUACGCCUGAAAUAUGAAGAGACACUGAAAAACACUGACGUUCUACGGGAAAUAGAAGAAAUAGCUAAAUUUUCAACCAACCCUAUAUUAAUUGAUAUGAUGUACCUGGCUCGGAAGGCAUCUGCUAUGAUAAUGGCUGACCCUGACUCGCACGAAAACGCUUAUAAAGAUUAUUUAGAAAUUGCAGAGCAGCAUACAGAGCUGGUACCUGCUUGUCGUGAAACUGGGCUUGUAUUCUAUAUCAAAUAUAAUUUCAUUUGUCUCAGAUAUGAAAAAUGUCUUGACAAAAAAUUAAAACAAGAAUUGUUCAAUAUUGCUGGUAAAGCUGUUGAUCAUUUUACAAGAGAAUACGAACAAGUUGCCAACGAUUUUCAAAAUAUUUUUAAGAUAAAACUGGCCCAUUUACAAUUAGGAAUAGGCGUUCUAGGUAGUAUAAUAGAAGAUGCAAUUAUAACAGAAGAAGAAAUAAAUGAUGCAACAAUGAGUUUGAGUAAGCUGAAUGAGAAACAAUUAUCAAAUAGGUGGAAAUGGGGCUAUUAUAUUGCUAAAUCAAAAAUACUUUGGUUGAGAAGGAAUUUACACGAUGCCCUAAAAUAUGCAGAAAUUGCAUAUUCACAUGCAGUGAAAGGAAAAUUUAAAAAGGAAGUUAAAGGAACUGAGGAUAUGUUGAAUGCCAUACGAUCGGAACUGUGUGGCAGUUCUUAUUUGACUACAACAAAACAAAACACAGACCAACAAGAGCUAAACUCACAAAACUUGCCCCAACCAGAUUCAACCGGAUUAUGUGAUGUUCUACAAGGUCCCAGUAUCCGUGAACCAGAACCUCUUUCUAAGCUACCACAACAGCAGUCUCAACCUCUUAAUAAUUUUCAAUUGAUUUUAGAUGCAAUAAACCAAAUGGAUCGGAAGUUAAGCAAACUAGACAUGCUUGAUGAUUUAGGUGCUAGAAUGUCAGUAUUGGAAACUCGGAUUGAUAAUAUUAACAAACCUGAUAUGCUUAAUUAUUUAAGUGCGAAAAUGUCAGCUUUGGAAACCCAAGUUAACAAAAUGAACAAACCUGACAUGCUUAAUUCCUUGAGUGAUAGAAUGACAGCUAUAAAAUCUCAAGUUGAUAAUAUUACACGUGAAAUGACAUCUUUUAAGCAAGAAUUUAAUGAACAAUUUGAAAGAUUUACAAGUGUUGAGAGGAGACUUGCCAGCUUAGAAACCGAGAUUGAAAAACUGGUGGUUGAGAAUAAGGAAUUGAAACAGACACUUUAAAAAUACAGUUGCAAUAGUUAAAAUGAUAGAAUGUCUUAAUGAGCAUACAAUAACAGGAAAGAAUGAUUGCAUUGAUCAGUAUUAUAAAGUAGAUAGAACUUAAAGAAAUGAAAAUAUACCUCAAUAAUGCAAAAAUGUCGAUACUUAAAAAAGAAGACUAUUUUACAAUGUUUAGAUGUCAGCUUGUUCUAAUUCUUACUUAUGUUCGAAAACAUAACAAUUGACAUUUGUUUGGAUACAACAUAUAGAUCUGCCCAUGCAAUUGUAGACCUUGGUUGAUGAAUUAACAAGUGAAGAAUGUUUGCUUACCCUUAUUGCAAUGCAAUCAAUAAACAUGCUGUACAGAGUUAAUA